AUGCAGAAGAGAGACCAAAGCAAAGCCGGUGGAGCAACCGGCGGUGGAUCAUCAACACCGGCAAAGAGAGGCCGUCCUUUUGGAAGCGGUAACAACAGCGCAGCAGCCGCCGCCGCCGCUGCUGAAUCGGCUGCUCCGUCAACACUUCUCGGUCCUUCUCUUCACGUUCAUAGCGCCUUUGCGGAUCAAAAUAAUAAAAGAAUUGUUUUGGCUCUUCAGAGUGGUCUGAAGAGUGAGCUUACAUGGGCAUUGAAUACUCUUACACUGCUCUCUUUUAAAGAGAAGGAUGACAUGCGCAAGGAUGCAACUCCCCUGGCGAAAAUCCCCGGUUUGCUGGAUGCACUUCUUCAAGUUAUUGAUGACUGGCGUGACAUAGCACUCCCAAAGGAUCUAGUCAGGAUAUCAAGGGUCAGGUCGUUAGGUGCAAAUUCUGUUGCAACUGGGUUUGGAAAUGGGUAUCAGGCAUUGGGCUCUACUGGUGCUCUCCAGCGUCCUAGUCUAGGAUCUGGAUCUGCAAGUACAGAAUCAACACAGCAUAAUGGCACAACAAAACCUCGCUUUUCAGAGUUGCGGUUUGAUGAAGAGGGUCUAUUUAAUUUAGAUGACGAAGGGCGAGCAGAAAAACAGCAAUGUGCUGUUGCUGCUUCAAAUAUCAUUAGGAACUUCUCUUUCAUGCCAGAUAAUGAAGUUAUAAUGGCCCAAAAUCGUCAUUGUAUGGAAACAGCCUUCCAAUGCAUUGAAGAUCAUGCAAUAGAGGAUGAAGAACUAGUGACAAAUGCUCUAGAGACAAUUGUUAACUUGGCUCCAUUAAUGGAUCUUCGAAUAUUUAGCUCGUCCAAGCCUUCAUUUAUUAAAAUAACAGAGAAACGAGCAGUUCAGGCCAUCAUGGGGAUAUUGAAUUCUCCUGUCAAAGCCUGGCACUGUGCUGCUGCUGAAUUACUUGGGCGAUUGAUCAUUAAUCCUGACAACGAACCUUUCUUGCUACCAUUUUUUCCACAGAUACACAAACGUUUGGUUGACCUUAUCAGCUUACCGGCAAUUGAUGCUCAGGCAGCUGCUAUAGGUGCACUCUAUAACCUUGCUGAAGUUAAUAUGGAUUGCAGGUUGAAGAUUGCUAGCGAGCGAUGGGCAAUAGAUCGAUUGCUCAAAGUAAUUAAGACACCACAUCCUGUUCCAGAAGUUUGCCGGAAAGCUGCCAUGAUACUAGAGAGUCUUGUUUCUGAGCCACAAAACAGAGUUUUGUUGCUAGCCUAUGAGAAUGCUUUUUCCGAGAUACUUUUCACAGAUAGCAAAUAUUCUGACACGUUUGCGAGGAUAUUGUAUGAACUAACAUCUCGACCAAGUAACAAAGUGGCAACAGCUCGUGGCAUCUGGGGCAUGUAA